AUGGACAUCGUUGAAAAAGUUGGACUUGCACCAAAUAUGAAUAAACUCUGGGAAUUAAUGAUUAAUAAUACUAUUGAUAUAAAAGAGAAAGAACAACUCUUUUCUAUUUAUCAUGACUUCUAUCCACCAAUUCCUGAUAAACAAUCUCCAACAAAACAAUUAAUGCGAUUUAAUGAAAUUCAGAUUCAAACAAUUUUUUAUCAAGAACUCAAACAUGGUAAAAAGUUGUUGGUACAAAAAAGAACGAAAGGACAAUCUCAAAAUAGUCCUUUCGUCAAAACCUAUAUUGACCUCUUGGAAACAGAAUAUAAAAGGCUUAAACAAAACAUUUUCUCUGAUAUCUGUCCUAUCACGUUUGGUUCUUUCUUCUAUUUCAUAGAGAAAGUUGUUUCGUUAAUAAUCAAAAUGUUCCCAUUUAAGUUCGACCUUAUCUACAAAUGGUUAAGACGUGAAGGUAAAAGUAUUCUUAAAUUAUCUAGUUUCCUUAAUUCACAGAAACAAAACACAGAAUUACAACAAUUUAAUAUUCAACAACUCUUUAUUAAAAGAAGCAUUAGAUUCCAAAUGAACCUUCAUUUAGCAUUAGCACAAAAUAAUGACUUAAAUGUAUUAGAUAUAGAUGGUAAAUUAUGGUCAUUAUAUUUCAAAAUUAAGUUACUUUCUUCAGACCAACCAACAAAAAUUAAUAUGUUAAAGAAAAUUGAACAAUUAAAGGAAAAAUUACACGUUCAGUAUCUUCCCAUUUCAUUGCAAUUAAUUAAAAUGAGGUUAUAUUUAACUAUAAAUUAUAACACAGAAUUUAAUAUUGUUGAUUUAGAUAACUUAUUUAAUCAAUUUUAUGACUCUUAUGACACUAAACUAUUAAAUGAAUUUGAAGAAAUAUGUUCUCUUUAUAUUAAUAAUUAUUCAUUAAGAAGAAAAUCUAACGAAAUCAUUGGAAUUUAUGAUGGUCUACUUGAUUUUCCAGGUGUUUGUUUCUUUUAA